AGCCGCUGCCGGCGCGGGGACCCUGCACUGGCGGAGGAGCCUCCCGACCCGCCCAUCGGCUGCGGCGUUCGCGUCGGGCGCCCGUCGAGUCGCCGUGUGCCCCGCGCCCCGCUGCUGUCGCCCCAAACUUCAGCCGGCGCCGCCCAGGCUCGGGGCCAGGGACAGGCCAGGACCGCCGGGUCCUAGGCGGAGGCAGCGCGCAGCCGGGCGCAUCGUGUCGCCCAGCCCUUCCCGGCGCUGGCUGUUCGAGGUGGGGCACGGCGCUCACCGCACACCCUCGUGAACCGAGAGCUCCGGGUCAAGGAGAACAGUUGACGCUGACGUUCCUUCUUGAAGGAGCGAGGAGCUUUCAAGAUGAAUUAUACCGAGUCCAGCCCAUUGACUGAAUCAACAGCAGUAGGUUUUACACAUGAGUUAGAAAGUAUCACACCUGUGCCUUCCAAUGGGACCACUUGUGAAAACUGGAGAGAGAUACAUCAUCUAGUUUUUCAUGUAGCAAAUGUUUUUUUUGCCAUUGGUUUGAUUAUUCCAACUGCUCUUCACCUUCAUAUGAUACUUCUUAGGGCGAUGUUUGCUAUCGGAUGUACCCUUUAUAUCGUCUGGGCCACUCUCUACCGAUGUGCCUUGGAUAUCAUGAUCUGGAACUCUGUGUUCCUGGGUGUCAACGUUUUGCAUCUUUCAUAUCUUUUGUACAAGAAAAGACCGGUGAAGAUUGAAAAGGAACUCAGCGGUAUCUACCGGCGGUUGUUUGAACCGCUCCGUGUGCCUCCAGAUUUGUUCAGAAGAUUAACCGGACAGUUCUGCAUGAUCCAAACCUUGAAAAAGGGACAGACUUAUGCUGCAGAGGAUAAAACCUCAGUCGACGACCGUCUGAGUAUUCUCCUGAAGGGAAAAAUGAAGGUCUCCUAUCGAGGACAUUUUCUGCAUAACAUUUACCCCUGUGCCUUUAUAGAUUCUCCUGAAUUUAGAUCAACUCAGAUGCACAAAGGUGAAAAAUUCCAGGUCACCAUUAUUGCAGAUGAUAACUGCAGAUUUUUAUGCUGGUCAAGAGAAAGAUUAACUUACUUUCUGGAAUCAGAACCUUUCCUGUAUGAAAUAUUUAGAUAUCUUAUAGGAAAAGACAUUACAAAUAAGCUGUACUCAUUGAAUGAUCCCACCUUAAAUGAUAAAAAGGCCAAAAAGCUGGAACACCAGCUCAGCCUUUGCACGCAGAUCUCCAUGCUGGAAAUGAGGAACAGCAUAGCCAGCUCCAGUGACAGCGAAGACGGCUUACACCAGUUUCUUCGGGGCGCCUCCAGCGUGUCCUCUCUUCAUGUGUCGUCCCCACACCAGCGAGCCUCCGCCAAGAUGAAACCAAUAGAAGAAGGGGUGGAAGAUGACGACGAGGUCUUUGAACCCGUGUCUCCAAAUGCAUUUAAAGGCCAUCAGUUGCCUUGAUCUGAGAGAGGAGUCAAGUUACCAAGAUGGAAAUUGUCUUGAAGAGAUCCUGAAAAAUACCAGCACUUUUUCACAGCUUUUCGGUUAUUCUGUUUUAGUACAUCCAGACGGGUGGAGUCUGAGGGCAGGAAAGUGAGGAGGAUUUGAAAAUGGGAAGGGUAUUUUAGCUCUCCUGUUUAUUGGUCAGCUUUUUAAGUAAUUGUUUUACUGAGCCUUCUGACUAAACCGAGUUCUAUUCUGAGAUAUAUAUUUUCACAGUAUUUUCUAGAUAUAUUAUCAUUUUAACUUUAAAAACUCUUAGUGUUCUGUCGCUGCAAAUGCUUUCACUUAUUUUUCUGAGUUGUGGUUCAUUUUCCUCACAGACGAUUUUUUUCUCCACCAUGGCAAUGGGUUGUCCAUUGGAUAGUUUUAACAAACAAUGUAAGUUUGACAUUGAGGUUGAAGUAACAAAAAGCGGGCUUUCUUCAGUUGAUUUUUUGGAUGGAAAAGUUUAAAGAAAGAUGUGAUUCAGCUGGAGUAUAUUUUUCCUCCCAAGCCAGACGCAUUAAUUACUCCUCCAAAUCACCUUAUUUCUUUGCACAUUGUGUAGACAGCUUGAUGAUGAGCCAAACUCAUACGGGUUUGCUCACAUUACCCUCGUAUUAUGCUAUUUAUAAACUGGUCUGAAACGUAAGGCUGGAAAGCUAACAGAGGGAAACAGUUCUGAGUUCAGUGUCAAUGUUUAGCAAAACUCAGCUUACCUGUGAUUUGGAGCCACCUUGCCCACACACUCUAGGGUGAGGAACACUUGGAGUAGGGAGGAUGGGAGAGUCAAGUGGCCAAGCAACUGUCACAGAAUGACGUGACUGUCAGAGCAGCUUCAUCCUUCAGUUGGUGUUCUGAAGUUUCAGAUUGUACCCCCAGAGCCAUCGAUGUCUCUUUAAAAUGUGUGCCAGUACCCGGUGCCAGAGCUGUGAAUGUGAAGACAGCUGUGGGGGCAGACAGUUCACCACAGGCCAUGCCAUGGCCACCCAACCUAGAUAUUGCUGUGAGGGCCCUGGUUCCAGAUCUCUGUUUUCUAUUAGAAUCCUGUUUCAGGAAACGGUGGUAUUUGGGAAAUGAGAAGUUUGCUUAAACCCCCAGUCAGUCUGGCCCGUGUGACCGUGGCACUCCACGGGGUGAAGCCCAUUGAUUGGCUGUGCUGCGCCGUGCCCCACUGAUGUUUAUUUUGUUCCAUCCACUAGAACCGACUUUGAGUUAGUCCCCUGUUAUAUUAAAUAGCUGAGAGAAGUUCCAAAUGAAAUUAUUUCCAGGUGAACUGAGCCAAAAGCAGCAUCUCUUGUCAAGAGGUGAUUUCUGUUUAGAGAAGGUAAAUAAGCUACUCUAGCGUUGCCCCAUAUUCCUAAAGCCAUUUUUUUAGCUAAUUUUUUUGGUAAUUUCACUUGAGUUAAAUUUACACAGUGGAUUACUCAUUGAGAAGCCGUAGACUGGGAGUCCAGCUCUUAACGUCUUUAUCAAAUAUUGGCUUGUUAACAGCACAGUGGAAAAGCUGAUUUCACUUUCCUAUGAUAGUGGGCUCUUCAGUUUGUAAAUUAGAAAUUUGUUUUGGGGAAAUGAAGCAAAGGUAAAUGACUGAGGCUUGGCUUUAAGAUUGUCGAGCUCUAUUAGGUUGAACUCUCUCUGUGCCUGGGAUCACGUGUGUCGUGACAGUGUAAUGGUGUUAAUACUGCCGUCCUUUAGCUAUGGGAGUAAAGUCACACAUGCAGAAGACUAAUUUAUGAAAUCACUCUCUAGAGUAAUUAGAUAUUACGUCCUUCCCUGAGCAGAAAGCAAGUGUAGAUGCUGCAGAGGCCGUGUUUUUAAUAGUCUCUGCAUCCACAGAACCUUGGGGUCUCCAUCCCGUGACCCAUCUUCAGGUUUGUCUCACUUUGUGAGCCUCAGACAGCAGAGAGGGUCAGCUGCGAUGAUCACCCUGGAUGUGUUUGGAGGUUAUUUUCUGUAGUGCUGGGAGCAAACAGUUUUAAAAGCACACUGCUAUAAUUAGAUGAUAUAAAGUCACUUACGGUUUUUAUUAAAAUCUGUGUGUGCGUGUGCACAUGUGCAUCACAGUCACUGAUAACAAAGAUUGUAACCUCAAGAUCAGGAAUCUUAAAAGAGCCACUUAGCCUGAAUGGGAAACAUGAAACUAUUUUUAAAUACACACCUCAAAGGAAGACAAUGAGAUUCAGAGAAAAGAAGCCACAAGCCGCUGAGUAGCCCUCCCAAAUAGAGUUGACAGCAAA